GGGGCUGCGGCGUCCCAGGGCGAGGCGGUGACGUGAGUUCGGCGCACCUGGGUCGGGCAGGUAAGGGCCGGUGCGGGACGGGGAGCGGAGCUCGAAGACUCUACCUGCGCAAAGCCAAGUGUUGCUUACCCCACCGGUGAAGAAGAGCGGUGGCGACGGGUGAUCUUAACUGGGGACGUGGUUCGGAGGGACGUCCGCUUCUGGUCGCCGGAUUGAGAAAAGAGUCUUUGGCUGGCCCAGAGCAAGGAGAGCUGACUUGAGGCCCAGCUCUUGGGAUCCCCGUGGAUACGCUGCCUGCUCAUCUCUAUCAUGGCCCUCCACCCCCGCAGAGUUCGGCUGAAGCCCUGGCUGGUGGCCCAGGUGGAUAGUGGCCUGUACCCCGGGCUCAUCUGGCUACACAGGGACUCCAAACGCUUCCAGAUUCCCUGGAAACAUGCUACCCGGCAUAGCCCCCAACAAGAGGAGGAAAAUACCAUUUUCAAGGCCUGGGCUGUGGAGACAGGGAAGUACCAGGAAGGGGUGGAUGACCCUGACCCAGCUAAAUGGAAGGCCCAGCUCCGUUGUGCUCUCAACAAGAGCAGGGAAUUCAACCUGAUGUACGAUGGCACCAAGGAAGUACCCAUGAACCCGGUGAAGAUAUAUCAAGUGUGUGACAUCCCGCAGCCUCAGGGAUCAAUCAUUAACCCAGGAUCCACUGGAUCUGCUCCUUGGGAUGAGAAGGAUAAUGAUGUAGAUGAAGAAGAUGAGGAAGAUGAGCUUGAUCAGUCACAGCACCAUGUUCCCAUCCAGGACACCUUCCCCUUCCUGAACAUCAAUGGUUCUCCCAUGGCACCAGCCAGUGUGGGCAACUGCAGCCCCGAAGCAGUGUGGCCCAAAACUGAACCUCUGGAAAUAGAUGUACCCCAGGCACCCAUACAGCCCUUCUAUAGCUCUCCAGAGCUGUGGAUCAGCUCUCUCCCAAUGACUGACCUGGACAUCAAGUUUCAGUACCGUGGGAAGGAAUAUGGGCAGACCAUGACCGUGAGCAACCCCCAGGGCUGCCGGCUCUUCUAUGGGGACCUGGGUCCCAUGCCUGACCAAGAGGAGCUCUUUGGUCCUGUCAGCCUGGAACAGGUCAAGUUCCCAGGUCCAGAGCAUAUCACCAAUGAGAAGCAGAAGCUGUUCACCAGUAAGCUGCUAGACGUCAUGGACAGAGGACUGAUCCUGGAGGUCAGCGGUCAUGCCAUUUAUGCCAUCAGGCUGUGCCAAUGCAAGGUGUACUGGUCUGGGCCAUGUGCCCCAUCACUUGUUGCCCCCAACCUGAUUGAGAGACAAAAGAAGGUCAAACUGUUUUGCCUGGAAACGUUCCUUAGUGAUCUCAUUGCCCACCAGAAAGGACAGAUAGAGAAGCAGCCACCAUUUGAGAUCUACUUAUGCUUUGGGGAAGAAUGGCCAGAUGGGAAACCCCUGGAAAGAAAACUCAUCUUGGUUCAGGUCAUUCCAGUGGUAGCUCGGAUGAUCUACGAGAUGUUUUCUGGUGAUUUUACACGGUCCUUUGACAGUGGCAGUGUCCGCCUGCAGAUAUCAACUCCAGACAUCAAAGAUAACAUCGUUGCUCAACUGAAGCAGCUGUACCGCAUCCUCCAAACCCAGGAAAGCUGGCAGCCCAUGCAGCCCACCCCCAGCAUGCAACUACCCCCUGCCCUGCCAGCCCAGUAAUCAUGAAUGCCAUCUUUUUUACAAUAUUGUACAUAUCGGUAUUUUUUAUUACUCGGAUUUAACCAGCUUUUAAACUUCUUCUUUCUAACAAUGUUAGUGGCCUCCAAUUCUCCACAUAUGCCUGGCUUUUAAAGUUGAUUUAAUUUAUGGAAAAAUCACCCUUCUUAUUCCCCCUUUCUUUUUUAAACCUCGCAAUGUUAGUGUAAUGUAGUAGAGGGAGAUUUGGCCUGGGACUUUGGACAGCAGCGUUCUAGCUGCAGCUUUGCUUCAGUGGUGUGACCUUGAACCACCAAGUCAUUUAACCUCUAGGCUUCAGAUUCAUUACUGUAAAACGAAGGGGUUGGAAUAAUGCCUGAAAUAAUGCCAGUUAAAACUCUGACCUGAUGACUUCAUUCUACUUGUACAAGGCAGAACUGCCUGGAACAGAACCCUUCUGCAUUGUUCUUGCACCACAUUUUUUUCUUGCUUUCAUUAAAGUUCCCUCAAGCACUGAUUUGUCCAAGAUUGAUCUCCGUUUGACCUGUUCUGCUAGUAUAGUAAGCUGGCUCCCUGACGGGGUAAGUGAGAGGGAGGGGAGCUGGCUGGUUGCUUAGGAACCAAGCUUGAUAUCUAAAUAGAAAUAGGUGCCAAAGUCUGAAAGUCACCUGGUCUGUGGAGUAAAAGCUCAUAAACUGAGCUCCUCAAGGGAAUCUGUCAACAGAAGGCGUAGGGAUUCUGCACAGUCGGUUGUCAGGUAUUUACCUUGCCACCACUCAAAAUAACACUGUAUAUGUGGUAGAUGAGAGUAUGACUCAGUGGUACCUUUCAGAGAGGGUAGAGCUCUUUUUCUUUUUAAUUCUUUGAGGAAGAGCUGGGAGUGAGCUGGGCAUCUAGGACAAACUCCUUACUAAAAAAGCAACAGUUCCUUCUUGUUUGGAAACUUUUACAGUCUUACUAUCAUUUGGAUUUUUUGCAUUUGAAAAAAUGGGGUGUUCAGGGUGAAGGAGGGUGGGGCAGUGCUCUUCUGUAAAAGGCUCAUCUGGUCCAAACGUGCUUGUCUCCCUUCUUGUGGAGGGAGCUGGGUGUGGACUACUCGGGGAAGAGUGGUGUAGAACAUUGUAGCUAUGGCUUCCACAAACUGGUCUUAUCUAUUAACUUUUGCUCCGUCUCUGAUCUUUUUGCCCUACCCCAACCUUAAAAAACAAAAAAAAAAGUACAAUUUAAACUCCAAGACCUAAAUGGAAAGCAAGAUGUUAAUCUCUGAUUGCAGGCCCCUAAUGCUCUUGAAUACUGAUGCCUCUCUGUGCCAGGCUGUUAUAAGAAAAUCCAUGUCUAGUUUGCUACCCUUAAACUAGGCCAUCCCCUACUUGCUACUGAAGUUGAGCUAGCCAAAAAGUCAGGUAGCUUCGAAAGCCAUAAGCUCAGUUCAGUUACGGGUGGCAGUGGGACUUAUUUAGAAUGCUGAGACUGUGGUUUUAGGGUUUCUAAGGGACGUAAUGGGAUCUGCUGUUACUAAAGUAUGACCAAGAGAAAUCUGAGUAAAUGUCAGGUGUAGCUGUGAGCAGAAGUUGGGCUUCUAGAGACCAGGAAACAUACAAGGUAUAAAAACUAUAUUUUUUGGUCAUUUUGUUGAGUGGGUAAUGUGAAGGAUUUGGUUUUGGUGUCUGGCUAACUCUGUAACUGCACAGCUCAAAGUUAAGAAGAACCCACUGCAGGUAAAUUGGGAGGACAACUGCUAGAUCUGGGUAGUCCUUUUCCCUUAUGCUGUGAGAGGCUAAUAGCCAGGCUGUCCAUUUGGACGGGGACCGAGAUAAUAUGAGCUGGCAAAAGGUGAUGAAGAUUGUUCUGAAGGGCCAAGAAGGAUCAAACUUGUUGUUUGUGACUGUAAUGAAAAGAUUACAAAGAUGCCAGAGGAGUGGAUGAGUGGUUUUAUGUAGUCUUAACCAGAGAGCCCAGUUUCUUCCACAUUUCUUUAUUGUUUUCAGAAUCCUGGGAGAGGAGCGCCUGGGUGGUUCAGUUGGUUAAGUGUUUUACUCUUGAUUUCAGCUCAGGUCAUGACCUCAGGGUCAUGACAUUGAGCCCCACAUUGGGCUCCAUGCUCAGUGCGGAGUCUGCUUGAGAUUCUCUUUUUCCUUCUUCAUCUGCCCACUCCCUACCCCAACUCCCCCACUCACCCGCUCUCUCUUUCAAAUAAUAAAUACAUCUUAAGAAAAAAAAAAGAGGGGCGCCUGGGUGGCUCAGUUGUUAAGCGUCUGCCUUCGGCUCAGGUCAUGAUCCCAGGGUGCUGGGAUCAAGCCCCGCAUCGGGCUCCCUGCUCUGCGGGAAGCCUGCUUCUCCCUCUCCCACUCCCCCUGCUUUGUUCCCUCUCUCACUGUGUCUCUCUCUGUCAAAUAAAUAAAUAAAAUCUUUAAAAAAAAAAAAAAGAAUGCUGGGUGAAUGCAUGCAGGGCUGUUCACUGAUCUCCCUCAGUGCUCCUUCUCUGGUCCUGAUGGACAGAUAGAUACCAGGUGCCCUUUCUUUCUUGGGAGACUGUUACUUCCUUUGGUGGCUACACCACACACUCUCUUGGUGUGGUCUACUUUCUUGCCUCCACCUUGUUUAAGAGAGGAAGGGGAAUUAGAUGGUGUCGCUAGCUCUUCUUUUUGUUCUCUGUCCACCCCGCCAAACUGGAUUAGCUCAAAGUUAAACAAAACAAAACACUAUAGGUAAAUUGGGAGGGCAAGUGUUGGAUCUGGGCUUAUUCCUUCCCCAUAUAAUUAGGUCUCUGGUUACAUGUAUAUGUUCCCCUAUCAUCCUAUACUUCUUUUUUCAAAAUAAUCAAUUCCCUUGUAAUUGCUCAGCAUCUGUGUCCUAUGUGACUACAAACUUGCUGAAGGUAGGGACUGUUUGUCUUGGACUCUGUUGCCAGUGUCUGGUACAUACUAUGUUCUCAAAUAGAACUGAUCCUUGAACAACACAGGUUUGAACUGCACAGGCCCACUUGUACUCAGAUUGUUUUUUGAUUAGUACAGUAUGAUAAAUGUAUUUUCUUAUGAUUUUUUUUUUAGCAUUUUUUCCUCUAGAUUACUUUAUUGUAAGAAUACAGUAUAUAAUGUUGCUGUAAACAUAUGUGUUGACUGUUUAUAUUAUUGGAAAGGCUUCUGGCCAAUAGAAGGCUAUUAGUAAAGUUUUGGGGGAGUUAAAAGUUAUAUUCAGAGUUUCUACUGUGUGGGUCACCUCCUACCACCUGCGUUGUUCAAGGGUCAACUGUAUUUGUUGUUAGAAUAAAUGAAUGAACUAAGUAAGUCUUUCAUUUUACAGAUUUAUUGCUA